AUGCCAAAAUAUGAAGAUCUAACUAAAAAUGUUUCCCUUAUAUUCUUUAAUUCACAUUCGCUAAGCGAAGGACCUAUACGACCGAAUCUGCCUGGCAUAAUUGAAAUUGGUGGCAUACAGGUUAAAGAUCAACCCGAUCCUUUACCAAAUGAUAUUGCCAAUUUUUUGGACAAUUCCAAACAUGGAGCUAUACUCUUUAGUUUGGGUUCGAAUGUUCGCAGUAGCCAUCUGAGUCAAGAGGUAGUUACUAGCAUGUAUCGUGUUCUAUCAGGACUUAAACAAAAUGUUAUCUGGAAAUGGGAUGAAAUGGAAAAUAUCCCUGGAAACUCGUCAAAUAUCAUGUUCUCCAAGUGGUUGCCACAAGAUGACAUUUUAGCCCAUCCCAAUAUCAAAUUGUUCAUCACCCACGCGGGCAAAGGAGGCAUCAUUGAGUCACAGUAUCAUGGCAAACCCAUGUUGGCUCUUCCCGUAUUCGCCGAUCAACCGUAUAAUGCUGCGGUAAUGGUUAACUUGGGUUUCGGUUUAAGCUUAGAAAUGAUCAAAUUUGAAGAAACACUUUUCAAAGAUCGUUUAAAUGAGGUCCUAGAUAAUCCCAAGUACACGCAAAGUGUGGAAAACUUCUCCCGUCUAUAUAGAGAUCGUCCAUUAACAGCCCGUGAAACUGUUCUCUAUUGGACUGAAUAUGUUUUAAGGCAUCACGGUGCAAAACAUUUACAAAGUCCUAUCGUACAUAUGAGUUUUAUUGAAGCUAAUAAUUUAGAUAUUUUUGGCAUAUUUCUAAGUAUUUUAGUUGUCAAUAUAUUGUUUAUACAAUUUGUAAUUCGAUUCUAA